ACCGCCAAACCGUUGUGAAGCUGACGCAAGUAUGAAAAGUGUGUGUUUAAAAAAAUACUCCUGAAAAUGGAAGCGGAAUUGCAGCAAAUUGUUAAAAUACUGCAAAACAGAGAUGGCUUCGACUGGGAGAUGUUGUUCCUCAUCCAAGCACACAUUAUAAAAAUAUUAUUGCCGUUUCAUUGGUAAACAAAUAUGAUAUGCUGAAAUCGGAGUUUGCGGAGGUACCCCAGGCUGUGUGGUUUUACCCGCACGGAAGAGGAUACGGAAAGCAUUGUGGCAAUCUACACUACCAUAUUGAAUAUAUGGUGAAGAAGCACGAAAAGCAGAUCCGUCAGAACAAAGUUAUUCCUAAUGUAAAUAUCAACUUCGAUGCAUCAACCAGCAAUGCCACAGGAACCAGUUUGGAAACUACUGAGGAAAACUUGAUAGAAAUCGUUGAAAACCUUAAAUUCAUCGUGCCAUCCGACGAAUCACUAGAGAUGAUACGAGCAAACUGGAUAAAGACCUUCAAAAUUCGCCAAGAGCAUCGCAGAAAAGUUACCGAACCCGAGCUAAUGUUGGAAAUGUUCCCACUUUCUACGGCGUUCAGAGGAGCCUUGAUUAACUUGGAUUUUAAUGACAUGUUUCCAUCCGCUAAUCCCAACAUCGAAGGUGAACUAGAUUCAUUGCAGAUCAAAGUUACCAAUAGAUUUGCCCACCUACACUCAACAAUACCGGAUCAUUUCAUCCGCAAAGGAAAAAAAUCCAUCACGCGGCGCGAAGCGGACAAAUGACGGUUCACAGAAAGUUAAUAACCUUCUGGAGAGAAUUGUAGAGUGGAUUGAUCCAGAAGAAGAUGUCGAGCAGUAUGCUCAGAGGUAUAAAGCCACGAAAAACCCAGUCCUAAUUGUGAAGGCCCCCAUAUACAGUUCAGGAGAAGGGUACGUUCGUAUAGGAAAAAACGUUUUCUAUGCGGGCUCCGAAUUACCCAUUACUUUUUUUACUUUGAUCAAAUCGCAUUAUUACUUCAAUACGAAAUUCGAGCCAUCACUCUCGAAUUUUUACUUUUUUUUUACUUCAACUGUACUCAAGAUAACGAAACCUACAGCCACCGCUAACA